AUGUCAUUAAGAGAGUGUUCAUGCUGUAAAAAAGACAAAAAACCUGAAGAGUUUGGUAUUAAUAAAACGGAUUAUUUUAAAACAUGCAUAUUAUGUUGUCAAAAACUUGAUUUACCUUCAGCAAAAAAUUUACAAACCAAUAAUAAUUCGGAUAAUAAUGAGCAUGUUGAGCACGAAAUUUUAUUAGAUGAUACUGUUGAUUUAGAUAAUUUAGAAGAUUAUAUUUUGACUGAACUUGAGGCAUGUGAAAAUAAUUUAAACGGAAUUGAAAUCAAUAUUCGUGUUGUUUUACCAAGUAAGAAAUUUAAUAAUAAUGAAAUAGAUCUUAUUUUUCAAGAAGUUAUUAAAAUUAUUCAAGCUGCUAAUGGAUAUAAAUGGAAUUAUCUACAACAGCUACAAUAUCAAUCACAUACACUAACACAAAAACAAGUCCAUUUCUGGUGGACUAUGUUUUAUCAAAAACUUUACCUUCAUGAUGAUGAUCAGUUUAUUUCAACAACUUAUUUGCUACAAGAAGAUGAAAAUUAUUUAUUAUUAUAUAAAAUAGCCAUGGAUGCUACAUACAAAACAAAUAAAGCUGGAUUUGAACUUUAUGUAGUUAUGGCGAAUAUAGAAGACGUUGGUUACCCAUUGUCAUAUUUAAUGUUAAAUUCAUUAACAUCUAUGACAAAUAAACAAUUUAAACCAUCUAUAGCUAUACAACAUUUUUGUCCACCUUUAUUACAUAAUCAAGUACUUUCUUUAAUGAUAGAACAUUUUAAUUACCAUUCGCAUAUUCUUUUUGGCACUUCAGGAACAUUUUUACAAUCAUCUACGAUUUAUGAAAAUGCAAUAAUGACAAUGUAUAACUUUUGUCAUGUUAAUACUAAACCAUUAGAUUCUUCAACUAUUGAAUUAGAUAUUAGUUCAAAUUCUGACAAUA